GCCAAGAAUUGUGCAAAGAAAGCAAAUAAUGUGGACUCCACCCAAGCGGGCAGAGAAUACAGACUACAACAAGGUUGGGGGAGAAGCAAAGUAACAUCCACCAAGGGAGAUCAGGAGCCCAGGCUUCCUAGCCUCGCUAGAAAUUUGCAUACGACUUCCACUUCCUGCCUCAGAUCCUGCUCUGCCACUUACCUGAGCCCGGGGAGGGCGAGAGCAACCUGAAGGCGGAGAACCUGGAGAAGCAGAGCGACCACCUGGGGCCCCCCUCCUCCCGUCGUCGGCGUCUGUCCCAAGAAACAAGAUAGAAUGAGUCGGAGCAUUCCUGUGGAGGUUGACGAAUCGGAACCAUACCCCAGCGAGCUGCUGAAAGCGAUCCCAGAAAAUGCUCUAGAAGCAGAAUCAGAGUUCCCUGCUGCAGGCACAAGGAACGUGGCGCCCCAGGGCUUGUGGGCUCCUCCGGCUCCUCACCGGCCCCAGGGAGACUCUGCUGAGGUGCCUCUGGUACUUGUCAGCCCGCAGCGGCCUGUGUCCCAGGAGGUCGCCUGUCUGCGUGCUCGAAUCCUGGAGGAGAGCGAAGACAGCUUCUUCAGGAGGCACCAAGACGCCGACAAAGAUUUCCCCACAGGCUCCUCUGCAGCCAGCACGUGGGAGGCCGGGACUGGAGCCGGCGCCCUCCACCCGGAGAGUCAGUUUUCGUUUCUGGAAAAACACAUUGUACAACCAGGAUCUCAGCUUUCAGCAGCUUCUUCUGACGCUAGCCAUGACUCUGACAAAGCCGACCGGAGUUUACCCACUGCCUCAGCAGACUCCCCAGACAGCAACCAAGAGACGUGGCGGGGCGCCCAGCCCCACAGGAACCGACUGGCCCCAGGCCCUCCCACCAUAGACACGGGGUAUGAUUCCCAGCCCCAGGAUGUCCUGGGCAUCCGAAAGCUGGAAAGGCCUCUGCCCUUGACCUCUGUGUGUUACCCCCAGGAUCUCCCUGCAUCACUGAGGUCCCAUGAGUUCCCACAGAGAUACCCAGCCCGCGCCCAGGUGCAGCCUCCCAACCCUUGUGCACACACUCCGUGGGACCACGCCCACUGGUAUCCCAGAGGUCCCAACCACCAGGUGCCAUAUGGCCAUGACUGGCCUCCAGCAGUCUACCAGCAAGCAAUCCAGCCAGCUCUACCUGGACAGCCCCGGCUUGGAGCCAGUGGGAGAGGCCCAUACCCUGUGCACAGGGUUGUUCCGAAUUAUCCCAGCCCCUGGGACCAAGAAGAGAGACCUGCACAAAGGAACUGCUCCCUCCCUGGGCCUCCAUGCUAUCAGGAGCAGCAGCCACACAGCCCGCCGCCCCACCGAGCUGGGCUUCCCCAGGAGGCUCCCCAGGCUCCCGCCCCAGCUGCGCUGCCUCGACCCCCCAGCAACUCUCCAGCCAGAGGCACUCUGAGGACAAGCAAUUUGCCGGAAGAGUUGCGGAAAGUCUUUAUCACUUAUUCGAUGGACACAGCGAUGGAGGUGGUGAAAUUCGUGAACUUUCUGUUGGGCAAUGGCUUCCAAACUGCAAUCGACAUAUUUGAGGACCGAAUUCGAGGCAUCGAUAUCAUCAAAUGGAUGGAGCGUUACCUUAGGGAUAAGACAGUGAUGAUAAUCGUGGCAAUCAGCCCCAAAUACAAACAGGAUGUGGAAGGCGCCGAAUCGCAGCUGGACGAGGAUGAGCACGGCUUACAUACUAAGUACAUCCAUCGCAUGAUGCAGAUUGAGUUUAUAAAACAAGGAAGCAUGAAUUUCAGAUUCAUCCCUGUGCUCUUCCCAAACGCUAAGAAGGAGCACGUACCUACCUGGCUUCAGAACACGCACGUCUACAGCUGGCCCAAGAAUAAGAAGAACAUCCUGCUGCGGCUGCUCCGAGAGGAGGAGUAUGUGGCCCCUCCCCGAGGGCCUCUGCCUACCCUUCAAGUGGUGCCCUUGUGACUGACACUGUCCAGCCCCCGGGCCCUGCCAGGCUUGGGGCCCUGUUGUACCCCACCACCUUGGUAGGUGAGGCCAGUCGGUGGCAGGUGGCAGGUGGCAGGGGGCAGUGGAAGAGGCGCUGACGGCAGGCUGUUUCUCAGUCCUUCCAUUAAGCACCUGCCUCCUGGCACCUGCACAGGCGGAGGCUGUGGCUGCUGAACUCUGUGCAGUGGCCAGUGUCUAACUGGUUCUUCCUCACAGUAAGGGAUGUUGCCAAGCAGUGUAAACCACGAGCAGCACUUUCCUCCUAUCUUUACAAGCUCCUCUUAGGAGUUAGCCAGAUGCCUGUGUGUCCUCAGACCCAACUGAAUCCUGAACAAAUAAAACAAUGUUUACUCUUUUCUGA